AUGCACAAUGGUACCAAUGGUACCGUGGACCAAGCUCAAAUCGGUAAUAUUGUAAGUGCAAUACAAAUACUCAAGCAGAGAAGAUUCUAUGACGGAGUGGAUUGUAUUCCUGGGCAGUUCAAGUGUCUAUUAUUACCUAGGGCCAUAGAGUCUAGACUAGACUGUACGUCAGUACAGUUAUCUUCCUUCCAGAAACCAAGCAUGGGAAAGCGGAAGAAGUCCAGCAGACAGCCACAACAACCCAAGAAGAGGGAGCCUCUCCCAACGACAUUCCCAUGUCUAUUUUGUAACCAUGAAAAUUCUAUAGUGGUUAAACUUGAUAAGAAGUUGGGGUUAGGCAAUCUAUCGUGCAAGGUGUGCGGACAGCGCUUUCAAACAGGCAUUAAUUAUCUUUCUGCUGCCGUUGAUGUAUACUCCGACUGGGUUGAUGCUUGUGAUGCAGUCGCAAAAGAUACGGUAAACAAGUAUGAAGAACAUGGUGUUCAUGGUAUUCGUGCACAGGACCAUCAUGUUUCUCCAGAGCAGCCUGACUCCCUGACCCGUGUCGAUGAGGAUCGAUAUGCUAAUCUGGACCAAUAUUGA